CGGCAGCUCACUGCAUCUGUACGUACAGCCAACGGCCCUUCGUCGGAAAGCCGCGGCAUAGACGCCGAAGAACGGAAAGAGACACGCGACACGACGCUUGAAGUGGAAGUCUUGUUCCGACGUCCUUACCACCAUCGAGUACAUCAGCAGGAGGGCAAGGCAAUUCAUAAUGUCCUAUGCCUGCGAUGGCCAGGCUAUACAGCUAUAGCUAGCCUUCUCUACCGACCGCAAGAUGGCUCCCUCUACCUCCCUGCCCUUCCCGCCUCCGCCGCCUGUACGGCAUCACGGCAACACCUACACACAUGCCCACCCCAAUCCUGGCCAGACACCAUCGGAUCGUCAGAAGCACUUGCAAUACCUCCACUCCCUCUUGCACAUACUGCUACAACGCCAUCCUACUCUUCCAACCCAAGAGGAGGAGGACGGACAAGCUAGCUCCGGCGGCGAGUCUCUCCGGGAGAAGAAUGCAGUCAGGGUUGGUAGGAUUGUGAGAAUUCUAUGGGGCUGCAAGGAGUGGAGAGAAGGAGAAUUAUGGAGGGAAGGACUUGCUUGGGCCGGUCUUGACAUCGGAGAAGGCGAGGCUCAGGCACAAGAGUCCGGCGAAGAGGAUGGAGACGCUCAAGCAGACCAAGGAGACCCACAGAGCAAGAGGAGAAGAUUAGAUUCAGUAGAGGUCAGCUCUGCCGAGGAGACAGGUGAUGAGGCAAGGAGUAGAGAUGGACGGUCUCGAUCUCCUUCACAUCCCGAGUCAUCGCGUGCGUCUUCGAUGUCACUGCCGUCGGAAUACUCGGGCGAGAACACUCAAACCAAUGGGAGUGAUGCGCAGAGCAAGCGACGCGAAAGAGCUAGAGCAGUGGCCACUGCUGAAAGGCGCAUCGAAUUUCUACGCAAAGUUGCAGCAAGACGGAGAGGACUGCGCCCUCUGAUGCUCGCCUGCAGAGCACAGGAGCUGAUUGUCCUUGGCAGGUGGAAAGAGGCAUUAGAUGAGAUCGAGCUAGUGCUCCAGUCUCCUGCAUAUCGCUCCUCGCCUGAGCUCAACCUUUAUGCUGGCCUACUUGUUGUUCUUGUCUCCUCCGAAGAGACGCACACUGCUUGAUAGGUUCAGACGCCAGCCCAUGUACAUUACUCUAGCUUUUGAUACCCACUCUUUCCCGUCGGAACAUUCAUGCACUUGCUUGCAGACCCAGCUUUCGGCUGCAUGAUGGGAUGGCUCGAUGACCCCUCGCUACUCACAAGGCACAUUCUGCAUCCAGUACCAGGUCAUGGGGUGGCAGUCGAGGAAUUCACUUCACUCACGUAUUGCCUUCUCAGACGGACUUUCCUCGGCGGCGCAAUACAUAGUGGCGCAAACAUAGAGGUACCCGACCUUA